AUGAUACGGAAAUUGGUCAGGUUAAUACAACUUUAGGUAUUCUUCGAUAUUCAAGUUGGCGGUAAAGAUGUUGGAAGGAUCGUUAUUGGUUUAUUUGGUAAAAUUGUUCCAUUGACUGUGGACAACUUUAUCACCUUAGCAACUGGUGAGAGAGGGUUUGGUUACAAAGGCAGCACAUUUCAUCGUGUGAUCAAGGAUUUCUUGAUACAAGGUGGAGAUAUUACUUCAAUAAGUGGAAAAGGAGGAAAAAGCAUCUAUGGAGAUACUUUUCCUGAUGAAAACUUCAAGCUGAAACACUAUGGAAUUGGAUGGGUCAGCAUGGCUAAUUCAGGACCAGAUACUAAUGGCUCCCAGUUUUUUAUUUCAUUGACAAAACCAAAGUGGCUAGAUGGAAAGCAUGUGGUGUUUGGCAAGGUCAUAUCUGGAAUGGUAACUAACUGUUUACUUUUCUGACUGACCACUUAUUAUAUUCUGUAUAAUUAUUGCCUAAAAC